AUUCUCUUACAAAAAAUUUAAAAAAAUAUCAAAAUGUUUACUUCCUACAAACUAUACAAAACGUUAGUAUUACUUGUGUGUCUACUUAAUACUGUUUCAGAAAUAAAUGGAAUUUGUGAAUAUAAUACACAUUUCUUAAAAUAUGACUGGCAUUUAAUGCUUAAAUAUGAAAAUGGAACAUUAGAACUUUUAAGAGAACCUGCUGUACAAGAUGGUACCAUUAUAUAUAUGGUGUGUAACAGUGACGAUAUCAAGGAAGUGUCCUGUGAAAAUGGAGAAUUCAAUCCACAAUUAUCAUCGCUCGGAGGUUGUCCAAACCGAAUGAAACCUCAACUAAAACUGGAGCAUGAUAAAAAAUUAUGUACAUAUAACUUAUAUAGAGUCGGUUACAAAAUUCACUGCAAGGAUAAUGAUUACUUUUUUGAAACCUACAAAGUAUGUUUCGAUUAUGAUAGGAAACGUGCGGUUUUUACCAUAAAUGAAGCAUACCCAUUUGUUAUACCACGCCCGUAUGGCAUGAUGUUUGACCCUGAUGAAAUUUUUACCAUGAAGAUUUUCUCGGCCUACAAUAAACGGGACAUUUAUGCACAAUUUCGACGAAUUUUGGGUGAUGAACAACGUUUUAUGCCGGAUAAUGCUGGUGAAGAGCGCUUCGAUCGUGGUCAUUUAACUCCUGUAGCCGAUUAUAUGUCAAAUACAUUAAUAGCCACCACAUUUAAAAUGAUAAAUGUCAUUCCACAAUUUCAUCCUAUUAACGAUGGCAAUUGGAAACAAAUGGAGGAAUGGGCUAGAAGUCCCAUUAAUACACCAGCAAAAGUUUGUAGUGGUGCUUUUCAUUGGGUUUUACAUUUGCUCGACACUGAUGGUUAUUUAAGGCCAAUGUAUUUGAGAGAUGAUAUAAUACCUAUACCAUUAUGGACCUAUAAAAUCGUUUUAAAUCGGAAUGGUAUAAGAACUGUAUUUUUACAAUACAAUAAUAUUCAUGACAAAAAAAUGCCACCACAAAUACCAGACGAAAUUUGUCCAGAGGUUACUUGCCCUUCGAAUAUACAUUUGGCGAAGAGUAAUUAUUGGGGUUACACAUUUUGUUGUGAACCAGAACAUUUCAUCACAAAUAUUGCGCCAAAUUUAAAGGGUUAUUGUUAAAACAAAUUUAAAAUUAUAUGUACAUCAAAAUAAUAUGAUUAACUGCUUUAACUUCUAGUCAA